AUGUUUGGGUCGACUUGGGGCCAGAACAAUCAACAGAAGCCGGGCGGCCUCUUUGGCAGCGGUACCUCUGGAGGCUUCGGUCAAUCUAGCGGUGAGCUAUUGGGGAGACUGAACGCGUGCGCUGACAAUUCAGGCGGCUUCGGACAGCAGCAGAACACGGGAGGUUUCGGCCAACAGCAGCAGCAGCAGAACACUGGUGGCGGCUUGUUUGGGUCGACCUCCAACCAGACCUCUGGGUUUGGCAGCGGUGGAUUUGGACAGCAGAACAACCAGCAGACCAGCUCGUUUGGCGCUCGUCCUACCUUCGGUGCCACCGGCUCAUCGCCCUUCGGUGGUGCGGCUACCAACACCGGCGGUGGCCUGUUCGGAAGCAACAACAACACAUCAACUUUCGGAAGCAACACUGGAGCUACCUCUUCCUUUGGAAACAAUAAUGCGUCCAGCGGCGGUCUGUUUGGCAGCAAGCCUGCGACCGGAUUCGGUUCGACGACGUCCUCCGGUGGUCUCUUUGGUCAGCCCCAGACCAGCACUUUCGGCUCUACUCAGAAUGCUGCUGGUCCCAGCAAUCAGGUGCACAACUACACCCCCGGCCCCCUCCCUCCAUGCCCUCAAACCGGCACUGCGGCUCCUCCUUACCAGCCCACCUGGCAGCGUGACCCGUCAGGACCGCUCAACAAGGACCCAUUGCCGCCUCACCUGUUUCAUGUGAUCACUGCGAUGGACGCCUACAAGGGUGGCAGCUUCGAGGAGCUGCGCAUGCUCGACUACCAGCAGAACCGCAAAGAGCCGACUGCACAGCCUGCUGCGGCAACGGGUGGUUUCGGUCAGACCACAAGCACCACGGGUGGUUUCGGUUCGACGGGCUCGACGUUCGGACAGCCUGCACAGCAAAAUACGGGCUUCGGCGCUAAGCCCGCGGGCGGUCUCUUCGGCAGCACCUCUGGGACCACGAGCGGCUUUGGCAACACCAGCGGUGGCUUUGGUAGCACGUCUGGCGGAUUCGGUCAGCAGAACAACACCGGCAGUGUGUUCGGUCAACAGCAGAACGCGAACACCGGCGGCUUUGGGCAGGCUGCCAAUACCAACACUGGUGGUGGCCUGUUCGGCCAGCAGCAGAACAACACCUCAUCUGGUGGUCUUUUCGGCAGUGCGAACAACAACACCACCUCCGGCUUUGGCCAGAACAACCAGCAGCAGGGUACCACCACCGGAUUCGGUGGAUUCGGCGCCAAGCCUGCCUUUGGCUCGACGUCGACGACCUCGACUGGUUUUGGCCAAACCAACAACGCGACUGGUUUCGGCCAGACCAACACCGGGUCUACUGGGUUCGGAUUCGGUCAGCAGAACCAGCAGCAACAGCAGCAGCCUCAGCAAAGCACCGGAGGUCUCUUCGGCAGCACAACCAACAACGCCUUCGGUCAGAACAACGCCCAGCAGAACAACACGCUUGGUGGAGGCACGUCGCUCUUUGGUCAGAACAACCAGCAGCAGACCAAUACCACUGGUGGCCUGUUCGGAAACACCGCUAACAAGCCUGCCGGUGGACUGUUCGGAUCGACGCCCGCUGCUACGACUGGCACCACGGGAGGUUUCGGCGGCUUUGGACAGAACAACACCACCACCACUACCCAGCCGGCUACCGGCGGACUCUUUGGCAACAAUGCGGCGACGACGACUGGCACGACUGGCGGCGGUCUGUUCGGCAACACCACCAAUACCACGACGACCCAACCUGCAGCCACUGGCGGUCUGUUCGGUAACACCACCAACACUGCGUCCACCGGAGGAGGUCUUUUCGGCGCCAAGCCCGCCACCACUACAGGCGGCCUGUUCGGAUCUACAACCACCACGCAGCCUGCCACUACCGGCACCGGCUUUGGCGGCUUCGGUCAGCAGCAGAACAACGCCACGACUGGUGGCGGCUUGUUCGGUAAUACGGCUGCAAACAACCAGGCCCAGGCCAAGCCUGCUGGCAGCCUCUUUGGCGGGGGUGGCUCGUCCCUCUUCGGCGCUCAGAACAACCAACAGACCACACAACCUGCUGCUGGUGGCAGUCUUUUCGGUGGUCUCAACCAAUCUCAGCCGGCCGCGACGGGUGGUCUGUUUGGCAGCACUGCCUCGACUACUCAGCCUGCUGCUGGCCAGACUGGUGGCCUAUUUGGCAGCACUCUGGGCCAGUCGACUGCUCAGCAGCCGUCCCUCACGGCGUCUGUUGACCAGAACCCGUAUGGCAAGAACGAGCUCUUCGCUUAUUCCGGACAGAAGCUUGAGGUCGGCAGCACCAACAAGAAGCCUGCCCUGCCUCCUUUGACCGCCUCUUCGUACCGUGUCACCCCCAGCAAGGGCCGCGUAGUGAAGCUUCGUGGGUUCGCCUCACCGCUCAACGCUUCUCAGUCAUCGGGUCGCGCCUCCAGCCCCUCGCUUGCCUCCCCCAGCCGUUCCGUCAUUGGUUCCCCCGCUCCUUCCGACCGUUACAACGGUCUGACUGACGCUGCACUCUCGCCCAACGCUUUCAUUCCCCGCCCCAACGUUAAGAAGAUCACAGUUACCCCCAAGGCCAACGCAGUGAACAGCGAGGACCCGCUGGAGUCUGUUCUGGGCAAGUCUCAGCUGCGCGGUUCUGUCAAUGGAAACGGCACGCCUGCAACUCCCGACCAAGGUUCCAAGAGCCCCACCCUGUCCAUCAGCAACGGACGGGCACUGACCGGUGACGACACGCCUACUCGCCGCUCUCAGCCUAUUGCGCAGGAGUCCAUCCGCGCCGUUACCGCUGAGCGACCGCUGAAACGUGGUGACUACUGGUGCCGCCCGAAGCUCGAGAAGCUGCGAUCCCUUUCUCACCAGGAACUCUCCAAGCUCGAGAACUUCACCGUGGGUCGCAAGGGUUAUGGUGAGGUUACGUUCCUCCAGCCCGUGGACCUCACGGAUCUGCCCUCGCUUCAGGACCUCUUUGGCAAGACCGUCAUCGUCGAGGAUCUCGAGCUCACAGUCUACCCUGACGACAGCAACAAGCCCCCUCGCGGUCAGGGCCUCAACGUUCCCGCCCAGAUCUCUCUGGAGAAUUGCUUUGCCCGUGACAAGGCCACUCGACAGCCCAUCACAGACCCCAACGACCCUCGCUACCGCCGCCAGAUCAAGCGCGUGAAGGCUGUUCAGGGAACCGAGUUCGUCGACUUCUCUGAUGACGGUAUCUGGACGUUCACUGUUGAGCACUUCUCCCGCUAUGGUCUUGCCGAUAGUGACGAGGAGUCUGACGAGGGCAUGAAUGACUCGCCUUCGACUGGGAAGGGCAAGCAGCUGUCACCCGACUCCACGAUUGAGGGGGAGACUGAGUCGGAGGAAGAUGAUUUCCUUCCGCCCACCAAGUCUAUGCACGAUCGCGACGUCGACAUGAACCACGACAGCGGACUCGAGGAGACCGGCGACUCCUAUGACGAAGCGGACGAGGAGGAAGAUGAUGAGAGCUUCGUCUCGGAGAGGCGUUGGGAGAACCCUGUCACCAAUAAUUUGGAUAGCCCGGGCAUUCGGAGAGUUCGUCUGAUGCAGUCGAACUUCUUCGCCAAUCAGGAAGUCGCCGCUCCGGCCGUUAGCGCGGCGGAAGCUCAGCGUACGCGGGCUCUCGAGGCUGCACGAGCGCUGCAGCGUGGGCGUGCCGAGGCGGGUUUUGGUGAAGCCGAGGAGGACAUGAACGAGCUUGACGACCGGGCCGUCAAGCGCGCCUCUUUCGGCGAGCUUGCGAGCCCGCCUCCCCGCCAACCAAGAAAGUACGCCAAGGUUCCCUUGGCCGAAAGUUCUGUCAACGGCAAUGAGGGUGUCCGCCCUGAUACGGGUUUGGCUCUCGGCCGCUCGUUCAGGUGCAGCUGGGGACCCAACGGAGAACUUGUCCACUUCGGCAAGAUCUGUGCUCCGAAGGAAGAGUACAAAUCGCCUUCGGACGCGACUGUGUUCGUCCAGCAGGUGGACCUGCUCGCCGACUCUCCAGAGAUUGAGCGACCAAAGGCUGACCGCCUUCUUUCGCUUCUCCUCGACAACUCCCAGAUUGAGCAGGUUGACGGCACGCCCAUGGCCAUGACGUCUACUGAGAUCCGCUUCAAGGAGUUUGCGCGACUUUUCGACGAGGGAGACCGCUCACAUGAGGCCACCAUCUGGCGAUUGGGCAAGGCUCUUUUCGACGAGAUCGACCUGCGCCUACCCGCCGAUACUCCCGACGAUGUCCGGGAGCGGGUCUUCCAGGUUCGACGGAAGCUUGCGUUGUCCAAGUGGCUGGAGGACGCAGUAGCACCUGCCGUUGAUGGAGAUUUGGCGGCGGCUGGUGACAACCGACCCGCUAAGCUGUUCAGCCUACUCACCGGCAAUCAAACCGAUCGUGCUGUCCAAUCAGCACUGGACGGAAAGGACAUGCGUCUUGCCACUCUGGUGUCUCAGGCUGGCGGCCCUGAGGUCUUCCGCUCAGAGGUUCUUCGCCAGCUCGACGACUGGACCAAGUUCAAGGCGAACUCUGUCAUUGGGUACGACUACCGUCGGCUCUACGCUCUCCUGGCCGGUAUCACGGACGUCUCGAAGGGCGACUCUAGUCGUGGAGCUGACGCCGCUCCCGACGUUCUCGUCGCUGAGGGUCUGGACUGGAAGCGUGCCUUCGGCCUGUACCUGUGGCACGGGCGCCCGUUCGAGGAGACGAUCGGACAAGUGUUCGAGGCCUACACCCAUGCACUUGACGACGCUCACCCCCCUGCGAAGCCUAUCCCGCCAUACCUCGAGAAGCCGGACGGGGAGCGGGAGUGGAACAUGGCCACCAAGCCCACGGACGUGCUGUGUAACUUGAUUCGCAUGUUUGUCGAUCUGACGGUUCCCCUUGAGGAGGUCCUUUCGGCGCGCGGCUGCUCUCCCAGCCCCACAGACUUGCGACUUCCCUGGCACCUUUACCUCCUUCUCACUCAGGCGCUGGAGGCUCGAGACUUCUCUGAUCGCGAGGAGCCCAAUGCCGAAGGCAUUGCGUUCAGUGCUAGUGCGAACGAGCUGACGCGCUCUUACGCCGCUCAGCUGGAGGAGGAAGGCCAGUGGACGUGGGCGGCCUUUGUGCUUCUGCACCUCGAGCUUCCCGAGGCGCGUCGCAACGCGGUUCGCGAGCUGCUGUUCCGACACCCGAACCCGAAUAACUCUGAGCGCAUGUUCCUCGUGAACACCCUCAGGAUCCCUCCAGCGUGGCUGCACGAGGUUAAAGCCGCUGAGUUCGCCACCGAGAACGACCCGUACCGCGAGUACUUCGAGCUCAUCCGUGCUGGUCUCGCCGACCGUGCUCAGCGCCUUCUCAUCACGAAGCUCGCUCCCGAGGCUAUCCUGCGCGACAGCCAGUCACUCCUGCGUAGACUUUGCGAGGCGCUCGAGCCCCUCCAUCCUACUGGCUGGGAAUACGGUGGCAAGCUGUUCCUCGACUACCUGAACAUCAUCAACGACACCAAGCCGCUGCUGGCCUCUGUUCUUCGCGCCGGCCUGCAUCCUGAUCCCGUCGAGGAUGCGGAGCUCAACCGUCUGUGCAAGAGCGUGCCGCGCGUCAUCCAACUUCUGCCCGCGCUCUUCCCGAACAAGGACGACGUGCAGCAGGUCGCCAGUCUGAGCGAGAUGCUUAGCAACCUCCAGAACCUGGGCGCUGUUCUCCACAUGAACAACCGCAUCGAGCGGCCGCCAAUCUCUGACCUCCUUGUCGACAAGGACCGCCUCCACCUCCUUCAGGGCGCUGCCACCGAGUCUUUCGAGCGCUCUCUCUCCGCCAUCAUGGCCUAA